AUGACCGUCACGUACACAGCCCGCGUGGCGAACGCGCGCUUCGGCGGCUUCUCGAAGUUGUUGCUGCUGUGGCGCGGGAGCAUCUACAAACUUCUGUGGCGCGAGCUGCUCUGUUUCCUCGGGCUCUACAUGGCGCUGAGUGCCGCCUAUCGCUUCGUGCUGACUGAAGAGCAGAAGCGCUACUUCGAGAAGCUCGUCAUUUACUGUGACCAGUAUGCCAGUCUCAUCCCGGUUUCUUUCGUGCUGGGUGUGGCCCCAAUUCCAGAGACCUUGGAUGUCACCUGGUCACAUCCUAACGCAUCCUGGGGGCGGGGAGAGGGGUCCACCCGGAGGUGCCCGCGCUUUGCCCCCGCAUGUCGGCGCCCACAGGUGUCAAUGCUGGCCGUGGACGAGAUGUACGACGACCUGGCCAUGCUGGAGAAGGAUUUGUACUGGGACGCAGCCGAGGCUCGAGCCCCCUAUACUGCAGCCACCGCGUUCCUGCUGCAACAGCCCUCCUUCCAGGGCUCCACCUUUGAUAUCACGCUGGCCAAAGAGGACAUGCAGUUCCAAAGGCUGGACGGCGUGGACGCGCCGCUGGGCGAGGCACAUGGUGACUUUUUGCAGCGCCUCCUGCCGGUAGGUGCGGGCAUGGCCGCAGGAGGCCUGCUGGGCCGGCGCCUGUCCUUGCUGCGCCGCAAGAACAGCUGCGUGUCGGAAACGUCCACGGCCGCCAGCUGCGCGUGCGCAGGCGCCCCCGACGGCGCGGCCCCGGAAUGCGGUUGCGGGGACCCGCUGCUCGACACCGGCUUGCGGGAGCCGGAGUCGGAGGUCCCCCCUGGCCCGGAACUGCCCAUCCCCGGGCCCGCCGAGCCCUUCACCACUGUGCCUAUGCCGGCGCCCCGGGGACCGGCUCCACCCUGGCUGCCCAGCCCCAUUGGCGAGGAGGAGGAGAGUCUGGCCUGA